AUGGGGGAUUUUAAUGAAAUAAAGUCUGCUAAUGAAAUGAAAGGUGGAGCUCUUAUGAAUCUAUCUAGGUGUAUCAAGUUCAUAGAAGUUCUGAAUGACUGUCACAUUAUGGACAUUGGGUGCACUGGCUCAAAGUUUACUUGGAGGAGUACUAAGUGUCUUCACCUUGAUAGCGUCUAUAAGAGACUUGAUAGAGUCUAUGCUAAUGCUGAGUGGAGAACUGCCUUUGCUGAUACCUCUGCUAGAACUCUUCCUAGACUCAAUUCUGACCACAACCCAAAUCUGACCUUUCAAAUUUCUGGUUGCUUGGCAGGAGCAUAUCAACUUUCCCUCCUUUAUCAAAAACUUGUUAAUAAGAGGGGUUUAACAGAUGAUCUGUUAUUGUAUCUAGAUCAAGCCUUACAAAAAGAGAUCAAUGAAGUCUUAGAAGAAGAAGAAAGCUUAUGGUUCCAAAAAGCUAAGUGUAAUUGGAUAGCGGAUGGUGGCAGAAAUACCAAAUUUUAUCAUACAACCAUUAUUUCCAAAAGAUCCAAAAACAAAAUCUUGGAGCUUAAAGAUGAUGCUGGUAACCUGUUGAGGGAUAAACAAAACAUUGUUAAUCUGAUUCUUCCCUUUUACAACAAAUUGUUCCUUGAAGAUAUCCCCUUCAGAACUUGGCAUGUCUCUUCUUGGCCGAAGCUGGAUAAGCAAGAUCUGGAUUAUUUAUCAGCUACCAAGAAUCAUAGAGAUAUUCAUAAAACGUUCUUCAAGAUGGGUGCCUUGAAAGUUCCUGUCUCUAAUGGCUUUCCUGCGUUCUUUAUUCGAAAGAAUUAG